AUGGAGACCAGCGCUAGUCGCGCUAUACCUUUGCAGCGCAAUUCAAUACAUACCAGCCUGACUUGCAUUUGCAUUUACUUCGACACCAGCCAUCGACUUGUCCUCGACCACGACGCGGCGCGUUGCCCUCUUGCUACAUCUCUUUACGCUACUCCCUCGACCGUACAUCUAAGAAACUCUAUGACUGCAGUCGACCAUCCCACAACAUCAUGGCAGGCGAUGCAAGAAGGCAACGUCUUCUACAGACGACAACCAUGUUACUCAAUACCAGGCAAGCUCCCAGAGCUCGGAGACUAUGUCAUUGCUGGAUGUAGGUAUGGAGGCCCUAUAGCUUUAAUGCGGGAUCAUACGAGACUGCUAGCUUUGGGACGCUCAACCCCGGCAGUUACCAAGGCCCAACUCCACGUCUACUCUCCUGCAGGGGAGGGCCUCCUUCUCUUUAGUUGGGAUCAAGGCAGAAUCAUUCGAUUUGGAUGGACUAUUGACGAGAAAUUGGCCGUUCUGAACGAAGAGGGCGUCUACCGACUAUACGACCUUCAAGGCGACUACCAGCAAUUCUCUUUGGGAGCCGAAGCAGCCGAGCUUGGGAUCAUCGAUGCGAAGAUUCACGACAAAGGAUUGGUAGCGCUGACCAGUUCGCUCACACUUCUCGAAGUCAAAGGCUGGGAUGGUGCUCGGCCUAUGGCCUUAGCAAAUCCCAACUUGUCCGAGCCUCCCCAUGCAUGGGCUAUAAUUCCCCCGGAUCUAAACAUAUCGCGACAUGUCGAAGUCCUUCUUUCAGUUGAUGCCACCAUCCACAGUGUCGACAACUUGGAGAGUGUCGACCAACGCCUUUCUCGAGGACCCUUUACUCACGUUUCUCCUUCGCCGAAUGGCAAGGCAUUGGCGCUUCUUACAUUCAAUGGCACACUCUGGGCCGUAUCAGCCGACUUUCAACGAAGUAUGGCAGAGUUCGAUACAUCCAGUGUUUCGGGCGCGGAGGGGCCAGUCCGGCAAGUGGAAUGGUGUGGCAACGACGCGAUUCUAGUCACCUGGGACUCGCUUGUCGUUCUCGUUGGUCCGUUUGGUGAUACUUUACACUAUCCCUAUUCCGGUAUUCCCUUCGCGAUAACUGAAAUGGAUGGAGUGCGUAUCAUAGGGCAAGAUGUCUGUGAUCUUAUCCAGAAAGUUCCCGCGUCCACGUUAUCUGUGUUCAGACCAGGAUCAACAUCUCCGGCAGCCAUUUUGUUUGAUGCUUGGGAAAGCUUUACGAGAAAAUCACCGAAAGCUGACGAAAGCAUCCGCAGUAUCCGACCAGAACUUGCAAAGGCCGUCGACGAAUGUAUCGACGCUGCUGGUCAGGAAUGGGAACCCCACUGGCAGCGACGCCUCCUCAACGCUGCCAAGUUUGGUCGCGGAUUUUUGGACUUCCAUAACCCAACGGACUUUGUUCACAUGGGGCAGACCCUGAAAGUUCUGAAUGCGGUCCGAUACUACGAAGUCGGCAUACCCCUUACUUACUCUCAGUAUAACUAUGCUUCUCCUUCUCACCUUAUCUCUCGGCUCACCUCACGAAAUCUGCACCUACUCGCCCUUCGGAUUUCUGAAUUUCUGGGGCUUAAACCUGACGUCGUCCUCAAACACUGGGCGUGCGCGAAGAUAUUAAAAUCCCGCCCAAUCCCCACGGGAUCGGGCAAAGACGCCGAGCUCAGUGGGGAUGAUGAAAUAUGCCGCAUGAUCGUCGAAAAAUUCGAAGAGUUAGGUGGCGCUGAUGUGAGCUACGCCGAGAUCGCCAGAAAGGCUUGGGAAGUUGGAAGAGGUGGUCUGGCGACCAAGCUACUCGAUCAUGAACCAAAAGGCUCCGAUCAAGUUCCUUUGUUGCUUGCUAUGAAGGAAGAUAAGUUGGCAUUGGUCAAAGCAGUCGACAGUGGGGAUACUGAUCUUGUCUACCAUGUUCUGUUGCAUCUACACAAACGACUCCCCCUGGGUUCCUUUUUCCAUCUACUCGAGGAUGGAGGUAAAACGCUCGCCCCGGCCUCCAGGCUGCUGGAAGUCUAUGCACGAGAACAGAACAGAGAAAUGCUACGCGACUUCUACUAUUCCGAUGACCGGCGUGUUGAGAGUGCAGUGUUGUCGUUGGAUGAAGCAUCCCGUCUAAUGGACCAAUCAUCGAAGAUUUCGGCCGUGAAAACAGCUCAGAAGUUCUUCUCGGAAGACAAAGACCGCUCCUUCGAAGCGAGAAUCACGGAUGAAAAUGCCCGCUUGCUCACAUUCCAACAACAACUCGAGAGCGAAACGGAUAACAAAAUUAAGUUCUUCGGCUUGAGUGUCAAUGAAACGAUGCGUGUCUGCCUGCUCAACGGGCUUUCAAAGCGAGCGGACAAGAUCAAGUCGGAGUUCAAGGUGCCGGACAAACGUUUCUGGUACAUCAAGUUGUAUGCGCUCACAGAAUUGCGGGAUUUCGAAAGCCUGGAGGUUUUUGCGAAGUCCAAGAGAAGUCCAAUAGGAUACGAGGUGUUCGUGCACCACCUCGUAGAGAAGGGACACACCAAGGAGGCCAGUGCCUACGUUGGCAAGUGCGAUUCACCAAAGCGGGCUGACCUCUAUGUCGAGUGUGGGGAAUGGCGUUUGGCCGCCAGAGAGUGCAAAGACCGCAACGAUAAAGCGAAGCUCGAGGAGCUGAAGAGCAAGUGCCCAAAUUCGAUGAUUGCCAGAGAACUGGAUCAGAUAGCUUCGACAAUGAAGUGA